AUGCUAUCAAAGCACACUGGUGAGAAACCAUUUUCGUGUGGUAUUUGUAAAAAGGCAUACCGUGAUAAGAGCAAUCUUAAGCGACAUUUGAAAACACACAACAGAAAACAACCGAUUCGUUGCUCAAAAUGCUGGAAGAAAUUUGCAGAAGAUGGCAACAAGGAUCCGCACGAAAAACUAUGCAAACGACGCACCUAUCAGUGCUAUUUAUGCAAAAUUGUAAAGCAAGGAUCACAACAAUUGAAAGGUCAUAUGCGUACUCACCAUACUGGUGCCAGACCAUUUUCAUGCAAAUUGUGUGGAAUACGCUUUGCUUGGCGAUCUGCUGCCACACGUCAUAUGAAAAUUUUUCACCAUUUGAAGAAUAAUGCAAUCACAUCAAUCAACUUAUUUGAUUCGUUGCAAAGUGGCAAACAUCAAAAAUCUUCGUAA